UGCCCGCCAUGGCGGCGCCCAGCGUGUUCCUGCUGGCUGUGAGCGGCGAGAUCGAGAGCGGGGAGUUCCCGGGAUUUGAUGAUCUCUACUGCAAGUUCUCCUUCGUCUACGGCCAGGACUGGGUCCCCACGGCGGGCCUGGAGGAGGGAAUCUCCCAAAUCACCUCCAAGAGCAGCAGCUCUCCCACCACGCUGGUCUGGAACUUCCCCAUCGACAUCACCUUCAAGAGCACCAACCCUUUUGGCUGGCCACAGAUCGUGCUCAGCGUCUACGGGCCCGACUUCUUCGGCCACGACGUGGUCAGGGGUUAUGGAGCCGUGCACGUGCCCUUCGUGCCAGGCAGGCACAAAAGAACCAUCGCUAUGUUCGUCCCAGAGUCCAGCUCGAGGCUGCAGCAGCUCACAAGCUGGUUCACAGGGAGACGCCCAGAAUUCACCGACCCCAAGGUGGUGGCACAGGGAGAAGGACGGGAAGUGACCAGGGUGCGAUCCCAAGGCUUUGUCACCGUUUCCUUCAACGUGGUGACCAAAGAUCUGCACAAGCUGGGCUACGACGUCGGCCCUGCCGAGGGACCCAGCCCAGAGGAGCUCCACAGGUUCUGAGCUCCCCAGCACGUGCUCAAAGCUCUUUGGGCCUUUUUUGGGGAAAGGAGGAGCUGCUUCAACUCAAUCAUCCCAAAAAACACCAGCCCAGGAGGAUUUGGGAAAAUGACCAAGCCUAAUCCUCUCAGUGAGGUUGAAGCGUGGUAGAAAUUGAUGUUAUUGGUAGCAUUCUGUGUUUUAUUGAUAACAUCCAGUGUUUUAUUGAUAACAUCCAGUGUUUUAUUGAUAACAUUCUGUGGGUUUAGGGGUCAGACUAAAGCAUGUAAAAAAGUAUUUUUAUAGUAGCCUUUUAUACAGCUUUUUAUAGAAUUAAUGACGUGGAAAGUUUCAAGCUGUAGCAGUUUCCCUGCAAUUAAAACUUUGCAA